AUGUCUGUCAAGAGCUCCAUUGGCGAUACCUCUGUUAAUCUUCUUCUUGAUUAUGAAGAUAUUCCUAUCUGGACACCAGUUGAGACCGGUAAAUUUUCUGUUUCCUCAGCCUGGAAACUGUUGAGACAGAAAAGGAACACUUCGCAGUUUGAAGCUAAAAUUUGGUAUAAGGAUAUCCCUUACAAGAUGUCCUUCACCACCUGGAGAGCCAUUCACAAUAGGCUCUCCACUGAUGAUAAAAUCUUAAAGUUUGGCAUUGGUAUAUAUACUAAUUGUAAUUGUUGUGUGGAUACAAGGAUGGUACCUGCCUUGGAGACAACUGAGCAUCUCUUUUACAAUGGAUCUUUUGCACAAAACAUCUGGCAAGUGUUUACAGAGGUUAGGCAUCAGAUACAGAAACAACACCUUGAGAAACUUGCUGUUUGA